AGGCCGAUUACCUCAGGGGCGGCUACAAGAUGUUCCCGCUCACGGACGCAACGGGGGCCGCCACGGCGGCGAUGUCGAAGCCGUACCUGGCGGCCCUCAGCGUGCUGCCGUGGGGCCUCUCCGCCGCUGGGCUCGCCUCGUGGAUGCUCCCGAUCGGCUCGCUGGCGCCCAGCGCCCUCUGGUGGCACACCUUCCGCGCCUUCGAGGCGAGGCCGACGCAAGCGACCUGCCGGCGUUUCUUCCUGGGCUCGCUGACCUACCUGCUGGCGAUGCUCGGCCUGUUCACCGCCUUCGCGCGCCCCCAGAAGGCGCUCGCAGACGGGGAGGAGGGGCCCGAGAACCAGGCCGGGCCGCUCUGGCGCUCGCGCCUGUACGCCCUGGGCGUCGAGGCGUGCCCGCACGAGCAGGCCGACGUCCGGAUGGAGAUGAUCGGCACCGGGCCCUCCAGGUGCCCCCUGAGCCGAGCCUAAGGGGGCGCGAGCCUCAGGAUGUGGCGCCUGGCGCGAGCACGACCGCGCAGAGUCGAGGAACAAGAAGCACCAUGAGCAGAAAUUUUCGGAGGCCCGCGCGGAUUUCUUGGAUCGGCGCUGAAUCCCCUUGGCGGCGGCUGGUUCUGUCGCGCCCCGCGCGCCACGGAGAGACUCCUGGUGCCGACUUCAGAAAUCCAUGCGGACCUCCGAGAGUUUUGCUUGGGAUGUUUCUGCUCCCCCUGCAGAAGGCAGUUUCACACUCCUGUCCCUGGUUAGGACCGUCC